AUGACAUCACCGCAACGGACAACCAAGGCACCUCCGUUCAGCCAGGAGAAACCAGCCCUUUGGUUCGCAGAACUAGAGGCUCUGCUCCGCAAUUUUUGUAUUAUCACGGAGACGGAUAAGUAUUAUGCCAGGAUCCCUCUGCUGGACACUAAAGUAGCCAGUGAAAUAGAGGACCUUAUAAUAAGUGUGCCAACAGGCACACCUUACCAAAAAAUCAAAGACACACUAAUCUCUUGUAUUUCAAAAUCUAGAACAGCUAACCUACUGAGGCUCCACGAUGCAGAAAGUAUUGGAGACCGCACACCAUCGCAACACCUCAGGCACCUCAAGGGCCUGGUCCCCGACAUCGACGAGAAAGUGCUGAAGACAAGUUGGUUCUCCCACCUUCCUGAGCUGACACGGGCGUGUCUGGUGGUCCAAGACGAGUCUCCAGUUGUAGACUUGGCGAAACUGGCGGACAGACUCCACGAAGUCUACUCCACAGGCACCGUCGCUGCAGUUUCCAUCGCCGGAGGCGCCGAGGUCGCACAGCUGUCCGCGCAAAUCGCGCAGCUCACCGCCGAGGUCGCGGUACUGAAAGCACAGCACUCACCACACAGCUCUAGGGGUCGCUCCAAAAGUCGUUCGUACAGCAGGUCCAGAUCCAACACAGACAACAGCCCGAAACUCUGUUUCUACCAUCAGCGAUUCAGCGACAGAGUGCGAAACUGCGAACCUGGCUCUCAAACCUUCCAGCGGCUCAUCGACGAAGUCACGAGGGACUUACUCUUCGUCUUCCCGUACAUAGAUGGCAUCCUCGGCGCUUCGGAAACUCCUGAACAGCACUUGGGGCACCUCCAAGUCCUCUUUCAACGCCUUCAAGAUUUUGGUCUGGUGAUCAACGUGACCAAGUCAGUCCUAUGCAAGCCAGAGGUCAUCUUCCUAGGCCAUGCGAUCAAUGCACAGGGAAUCAGACCUUCCCAGAAACGAGUCAGGGACCUCCUCGAGUUCCCCAAACCAAACACGGAGCGUCAAAGAUCCUACGCCCUCUGA